GCUCGACUAGUCAGACCCUUUAACCACAAAAACCACUUGUACCUCCAUACCUAGUCAUCUCAAAAACAAAUUAAGAUGGCUUUGAGCUGGAUAUUGGUGUUCUGCAUUGCCUUAGUCUUCUACUUUGGAUACAGGUUACUCUUCACCUCAUAUCGGCUGCUUUCAGACAAUGGUAUCAAAGGACCUCCACCAAAACCCAUUGUGGGGAACUUUAUUACCAGAUACAAAAUGGGAUACGUAAAGUUUCAGAGCUCCAUCACGAAGGAAUAUGGUCCUGUAGUAGGAUACUAUCUUGGAUUCAUGCCGUUUGUAACUGUCACUGAUGUGGAGAUAUUAAAGCACAUUUUGGUAAAGGACUUCGAUUCUUUUCAGGACAGACCAUACACACCAGUCAUUAUCAGAGCUGCAUCAGCUCCUCAGGAUCUGCUUGAUGCCCGAGGGGAGGAAUGGAAGACAGCUAGACACACCCUCUCCCCCUCAUUCUCUGCUGCCAAGAUGAAAGCCAUGGUACCACUGCUUCAAAAAAGUGUCGAGUCUCUUGGAAAGAUUAUUGAUGAGUCAGCAGAUGCUAACCAGAGUGUAGAAGUGUACAAACUCUACGGUAACUUCACCAUGGAGACAAUCCUAGCAACGGCUUUUGGGCGGAGUGUGGACAUACAGGGAGGAGAGAGUGAUCAGAUUGUGGACAUCUCUAGAAUGUUUUUUGAUACUUCAAAAGAAGAAAAUGCUCUUUCCCAUACAAUGUUGAUGCCUGUCUUGAAUUCGUUUCCAUGGCUGGAGUCGAUUUUACGGCUUUUAGUAUCAAGAAGUGUUAUUGUUAAAAAUAUUGAUACUCUGCACUCUAUUGCCAAAGAACUUGUCAGCCAAAGAAGAGACAACCCCAACCCUCAGAAGUACAAAGAUCUGCUUCAGCUGAUGAUUGAUGCCACGACUGAAGACCAACAGAGACUGACUGACGAACAAAUUGUAACGCACUCUGUGAUAUUCCUAUUGGCCGGUUAUGAGACCACCUCCACUGCUCUAGCGUACGUGUCAUACAUGUUGGCCCUCAACCCCACAGUCCAGGAGAAACUGCAGCAGGAAAUUGACAACUACUUUGACAACAAUCCAGAGGCCCCACUGUACGAGGCUGCUCAGGAGAUAGAGUACCUGGAGAAGGUCAUACUGGAAACACUACGACUUUAUUCACCAGCUGGAAGUUUGCUUCGUUAUUGUCAGAAGACAACUGUCAUCAAUGGAGUCACAUUUCCAAAAGGAGUUUCCGUGGAUGUUCCCAUCCACCUGAUACACAAGGACCCCCAGCACUGGCCCAAUCCCGAGGACUUUGACCCUGAGAGGUUUUCCCCUGAGGAGAAGUCCAAGCGCCCUCCACUGAGUUAUAUCCCAUUUGGUUACGGUCCAAGGAACUGUAUUGGUAUGAGGCUUGCACUGCUGGAGGCUAAACUGGCUCUCAUCCACCUGCUCAGGAGGUUCACGUUCAUACAGGCACCAGACACAGAGGUACCCCUUGAGACCACUUAUGGAAUUACUGUGGCCCCCAAAAAUGGAGUGUUCCUCAAGAUAGCAAGGAGAAACUGACUUACAAUGAACUGCAUGCAUAGUGAACUUUGUCUAUGAGCUUAUGAACAAUGGAACACAUGUAUAGUAUUUUUUUAUCUCCGAAAUUUGUAGUGUACGUAUCCAUAUAGAGAGUAGAAUACCACAAGUGUGUGAGUAGUACGUUGUACUUAAAUGUGGAACAUUACUAAGAAAUUGUGCUUGUGUAUAUA